AUGCUAUGUAGUGGUAAUUCAUGGAACUUAAUUUAAGGCACUGCAGGUUUGUAUAUAGCCUAUAUAUUAUAUUAUAUUAUAUUAUAUUAUAUUAUAUUAUAUUAUAUUAUAUUAUAUUAUAUUAUAUUAUAUUAUAUUAUAUUAUAUUAUAUUAUAUUAUAUUAUAUUAUAUUAUAUUAUAUUAUAUUAUAUUAUAUUAUAUUAUAUUAUAUAUAUAUAUAUUAUAUUAUAUUAUAUAUAUAUAUAUUAUAUUAUUUAUAUUAUAUAUAUAUAUAUAUAUAUAUAUAUAUAUAUAUAUAUAUAUAUAUAUAUAUAUAUAUAUAUAUAUAUAUAUAUAUAUAUAUAUAUAUAUAUAUAUAUAUAUACAAACCUGCAGUGCUGCUUGUUAAAAAGAAUUUGAAGGAUGUGGUUUAUGUUGUUACAGGAAUAGGGAGAUUCAAGAUUUUAAGGAAUGAGAAAUAUGUAUAUAUGCAAAACGUGCAAAAUAUAGUGACAAAAUAUUAAAAACGACCAAGUUGAAUGGACCCUUAUUAACUUUAUUCAUUUUACAAAAUUAAAAGAAUGACAGACAUCCAUAUAAUGUCUAAACUGACUGACUACUCCUAUGCAGUAGCCAUUUAGUACUAGUAUAUACUUCAGCCAAAUAGUUAUUUGGCUGAGCACUGACUAUAGGUUGAGUAGCAUAAGCAUUAUUAAAAUUUUAAUCAUGCAUGCAAACUUCAUGUUUCCGCCAAAAUUGCAGCAAAAGGGCAAGAACAGAAUAUUUUCAUCCCCAUAUAAUGUAAUAACAUUUCCUCAUUCCCUUAAAAUUUUACAUGUCUAAGUGAUUUUGGAUAAUUUUCACUCAAAUAUAUGAGAACGCACAACUUUAAAACUCAAGUGAAAGUAUUUUGGCGUAAAAUUACAUGCAUACAACUGAUGUCAAUAAGACACUGAUUUCAGUAAUUCAGUCCAAGAAAAUGAAACCCGCGUCGUCAUUGACAUUGACGUUGUGUUCAAACGACGAGUUUUUCUUAGAAUAUUGUAGUAGAACUAGCACAUUUCAAGUUUCAAAAAUUUUCAAGAUAAAAUUGUGGCUCUAUGACUAGCUUUACAUCACUAUUACUGUCAGUGCUAUGGUGACGUCGAGUGGUUGUUUGUAUUCGGAGCUGAAACGGUAGUCGAAAAGAAGACUGACGAAGUCCAAGAAAAUUAUUUUAGUCGCGGCUUGGCAUGUUUGAUAAACACUUAAGCCAUCAAGGUUGGCACAAAUAACUAAUGCCAUUUUAGAGAAUACUGUUAAGCAAAAUUGUGGAACUUCAACAGUUUGUUUUGUAACAAAAGAUCGUGAAUUGUGAACCUUUUAGUUUAUUCACUAAACUUUUUUCUGAGACUGACAAAGACCAGAGAAACGAUGAAGUGAAAUGAAAAUAACUAUCCAUACAUCAUUUUCACCCACUGAUACCAAAGUUUGUAACGAAAGAAAAGAUUUUGACUCCUAUGCCUAUUUUGAUUCGAAAACCUAUGCCUAUAUGGACCUCAUAGUAUUGUUUUCAAAGACAAAUAAUUUGUGAUGGAACAGGCAUACGUACACUACGUGCUAAAAGGCUCGUACUCAUGCAUGAAAAUCACAGAUUGCUCUAGCUAAAUGCUCCCAACGUUUUUUAAGUAUUACAGCGUUAAAUCUAAUACAGUUUUCACGGAUUUUUAAACUGGAUAAAAUAACUACAUCACAUAAUUUUUAUCCAUUGAUAUUUUAUAACUGCAUGAUCAAAAUACUCAACCGUUUGCCUUCUAUAGAAUCACAUAGGCAUAGCAAUUAUCAAUGACCAAAUUUCAACUUGUCUAGUUGUCUGGCAAAUAUGCAAAUAAAGUAAAAUGAUCAAGAUAUGUUUUAUGCAAGUGAAGUAAAAUAGGCUGGGUGAAAUAGUAUAACAACAAGGUUUAUCAUUUAUUAUUCAUUCGACUCAUCAUCCAUCUGUUGCAAAACAGGAAACUUCAGAACUAUAUGGCUUAUCGCAAACUUUAGCCUAGCAAAUAUCAAAGACUUAUAAAAAUGUGAUAGUCAUGCAUUUUAGCCCAUGCACAUAGAACAUUUUUUGAGACAUAUUUUUAAAUAAAAUUACAGGAAGCAUUGUUUUCAGAAAUUUGCCAGUGCUUAAUUAAACCGGUGAUAAAGAUUUAAGGUCUGUUCUGUAUAUGUUCACACUUUUUAAGAACCUGAAAAUCCCGAAAUAUUAUUUUAGGGCUCGUUAAUUAAUAUAUCAGCCAUGCUAACCACAUAUAGCCUACUUCUGUAUCAGUGUAAUGAGUGUAUCACUGCAUGUAUCUAUAUAUUAGUGCUAUGUCUAUGCCGGGCUAUCCCUAUAGUGACGUCGAGUGGUUGUUUGUCAGUAUUUGGAGCUGAAACGGUAGUCGAAAAGAAGACACGAGAUUACUAAGAAAAUUAUUUUAUUCAGCUUUACAUAAUGAAAUGGCUUUAUGUAUUAAACACUUAUGCCAUCAAAGUAUACGUACAAAUAGGUAAUGCAAUUUCAAGCAAUUGUUAAGCAAAACGUAUUUUGAUUGCAGUUUGAAAUUCGAAUUUCAACAGUUUACUUUGUAACAAAUAAUCGUGUAGUGUGAACCAGGGACGUAGGAACCGGGCGGGGGGGGGGCAAGGGGGCCAAGCCCCUCAAGUUUUCAGAAGACACAAAAAGUGCCCCUAUUCCGGUGGCAAAGUGCCCGUUGCCUUUGUGAAAAAUGUCGUUCAGAUUGCUUUAUGUUGCAAAGCGACAAUCUAUGAGUCUUUGUGGUUACUUGAAUGUAGGGUAGUUAAAAAAUGAGAAAUGACCAGCCUGCUUUGCGCACUCUUUGGUUGCGAAUCGGGCCAUUCAGAACCAAAAAUUGAGCUGGAAUACUACAAAUGGCAAAAUUUACACGGUGCUCGUUUGCAAAAACAACUGCAAACUGCUUUAAUUAUUUCUGUCACUUUCAUUUGAUCUCAUCCGUGAGUCGGCCUCAACGGCCUUUGAUUUAUGAUUGCAUUUAUUUUCUUCCUUACGAAUCUAACCCAAGACUACGUUGGGUUAGAUCGGCACUUGUGGUCAUACGGAUUAUAAGAAUUACAAAGUCUCUGCGGUUAUUUAAAAUCUCGCGGUAUUACGCAGGGUUGCAGGUCUUUGGUCGCGCCGUUCACGAUUGCAGGGACAAAUUGCGCGCUCUUGGCAUGUGCGUUAUAAUCGUAGUCAUAUUAUUCUCGAGUUUCAUGUUCUUCGCAGAGAGCACCAUGGGAAAUGGAGAUACGUCACAAUUCCGCAGCAUUCCUGAUACGUUUUGGUCACGAUCAUCACCAUGGUUACCGUGGGAUAUGGUGACGUAGUACCCAAGACGGUGGCGGGAAAAAUACUAGGCAGUUACUGUGCGUUAUGUGGGGUUAUUAUUUUGUACUGUUUCCCCACACCCAUCGUAGUAGUGCUGCAUUUUAAUAAACUGUACAAGGAGUAUGUCGCCUCAAGCGGACAGAAUAUGAGCAAGGAAGAGAAAGCGCUGGUUAUGGCGAGAAGUUGAUACUGAAUAAUAGAGACCUUAUUAAGAUUGACGUUCACGGUACCGCUAACCUCAAACGGUAAACUUUACAUCGUAUUUUGAAGUCAACGGUUGGCUGUUCAAAGUCAGGGCAACUUGUGCAUUACAUUUGAAGCAGCAAUUAGCCAUUGAACUGUUGAAAACCUGUAGUCUGUACUAGAACUUAUCUUCAAAUGCAAUUUGACUGUUUCCCGUCUGCGGUUAGUAAAAGUCUCUAAUAUGUCAUAUAUCAAAUCGACGAGUUUAUUGAUUUUUAUUGAACAUGAGUAGUUUAUAGCGCAGUCACAAGUUCACAGCAGUGAUUUGAAACAUUAGAAAGUGUGUUUAAAAACUAGUUGCUAUAGAAUAUAUAGUAGAACUUUUAGCAUAGUUUGUGGUGUUUUAAAAUCAGUGUAUAUUCCAUAUUUAACAUGGACAGACCACAGUGCAUUGACAUUGUGAAUUUAAAAUUGUGUCUCUUUGACUUUGUCUUUGCCCUUUGGUGAAAAAAAGUUAAUUAUAUUAUUUAUCCCACUAUUAUUAUUAAGAUGAGAUACGAAUGCUGUGCUAUGCACUAUCAUUAAAGCAACUAUAAAUUCAAUUGUUGUAGAAUUAAGUUAUGUCGUUUGAUAAAAUUUGAUAGUUCUAUACAUAUUGCAUCAAAAGCCAUAUUCAUGCGGAGACACAGUAAUAUCUCCAAGUAUUUUACAAAAUUACAAAGGAUUACAUGCAGACAUGCACAAGGCCGAGGGGUGGGCUACCGUCUCUAAAAUUCUAAAACUACCGGUCAUGCAUGUAUGCAUAUAAUAGUUAGCAAAACAACUAUAGCGAAAGCAAUGCUCUAUAAUUUUAACCAUGAAAACUCGAUAGCCAACUUUUAUAUUAUUGCAUCAAGUUUCAGACAAAAAAGUUCGAAGAACUGAAAAUUGCAUUAACACAUGUGACAUGGGCUGGAAUAUUGCACCUCAAAUUACAAAUAGUGUUAUUAUUUUUAGAAGUAGCAGCAACAGAUUACUAUAUAUAUAGCUAUACGUAUACCCUCACAAGAUUCUUUAAGAAACUGUUUUUGAAUUAAUGGGCAGUGCGUUUCAGUAUGUGUUCCUGGUUUUAUGUAUGGCAGUACGCGUUUUUGGAGCCCAACUAUAGCAUGAGCCAUGAGAUUUAUACCUACAUUUCGUUUCGUUUUUGACAAUUUUCAAAAAGUUACUCACGAAACUGUGAAAUUUAUCAAAGUAUAAUUAAUUAAACGCGUUUUUGGUUAAAAUUUUGUAACGAGCAAGUUUUGGGUGAAGUUCCCAACACGAAUAUAAGGUCGAGUUGUUGUUUUGUCAUAUUCGGAGCUGAAACGGUCGUCGAAUUGAAAGAAGACUCGAGAUUAAGACAUAAACAGUAAUUUUACAUAAAUAAGUAAGGCAUCAUGCUGGUAUAUACCAAUAUGAAUAAAGACAAAAGGUCUAUUGUGUACGAUCGCAGCAAGUCUUAACACCCUGGCCGCAUGUUUUAGUCAGAAUUUUCUGAGUCUAAAAAUCCCGAAAUUUUAUCAUAAGAUGAGCUUUCGCACGCAUGAUAUAUUUGACUAUUUGGUAUUUGACUUUCGCACGCAUGCUUUACUCAAUAUCAUUUUUGUCGUUUGCUCGACUGUAAAACACCAAUGGUAUAAGAUAGCUAUUAAUAAUGAAUUGUGAGUUGACGGAUCACAGAGUCAUCAACAAAUACGUCAUUUCGGGGUUCGCGACGCCAUCUUGAAAGUAUUGUUUUCACUGUCUAUUGACUUGUGCUUCAGUACCCAGUGCUUGCCCCACUUGGCAAGAUGGCGUCGUGAACCCCCAAAACGUCAAACAUCUGACGUUCAACCAAAAACCUCAAUUGUUGCAUCUGAGAAAUUGUUUGGGUCGUUUAAUUCCUAUUUAAGGAGAGAUAUGAAUAGGAAUUUCCCCUCCAUCUCUUUCUAUUUGUUUACGUAAUUGUUUUAUUCUACAAAAGUACAGUACGACCACGUCAAGUCAUCAUGCAUGACGCCCCGUCAAAGGCAUCUAGAAACAUGCUUAUAUACAGCAAAGACUUUCAUAGAGAUGAUUAUUGACUCAUUUAACUGACUUUUUGAGGGUUUGUAGCGAAACAAACCAGAAAUAUUGAGCUGACUGAUAGUGAUAAACAUACAAGAUCGGCUCGCUGAAACGGUAUCGACCACAACACGCCGAUAUCGAUGCAGUGAAUUACUCAGUUUUAACUACUGUGGGAUGAGAUUUAUUUUGUUACAGCCAGGAAACAGGAUGCGAGGUCCGAUAAUAAAAGAAGGAUGUGGUAGAUUUUCAGAAAUAUUGCAUCAAAAGUCAUCAGUAUUCAGAGUGAAUUCCAAGUAUUUUACAAAAUUACAGAGGAUUACAGACACAAGCUAGGCCAAGGGCAAGGGGGUGGACUGCCGUCUCUAAAAUUCUAAAACUAUACCGGCCAUGCAUAUACUAAUUUAGCAAAACAACUAUAUAAAGUCUAUAUUAUAAUAAAAGCAACGCUCUAAUUCUAAACAUGAAACUCAAUAGCCAAUUUUUAUUGUAUCAAGUUUGAGGUAAAAUAGUUUGAAAAACUAAAAAUUACAGACGUACAUGGGCUGAAAUAUAUGGGCAGUGCGUUUCAAUGAGUAUGUGUUUUAUAUAUGGCAGACGCGUCUUUUAAGCCCAACUGUAGUAUGACAUUAACGUGGAAUUAUUAAAUUUCAAUAAGUUAGUUCACGAAAACUGAAAUUCAUCACAAGUUUAGUUAAAAUUUUGUAAUAACCUAGCAAAAGUUUUGGGUGAAGUUCCCAACACGCAAGUAAGGUCGAGUUGUUGUUUUGUAUUCGGAGCUGAAACGGUAGUCGAAAGAAGACUCGAGAUUAAGACAUAAACAGUAAUUUUACAUAAACAAGUAAGGCAUCGUGCUGGUCUACAGCUAUUUCAAUUAAGGUUGUCCCCGAGCUAAGCGGAAACGUGAAUACAAAGCGCGAAAGGCUGCUGGAAAUCGCUAAAAAAAUUAUUAACUUUUAAGCGAUUCCGAGUAAGCCAUUCGCGCUCGUAUUCGACUUUUCCGCUUUGCUCGGGGACAACCUUAAUUGAAAUAGCUGUAUACCAAUUAAUAAAGACAAAAGGUGUAUUGUGUACGACUACAGCAAGUCAUAACAUCUUGGCCGCAUGUUUUUGUUGGUUUUCACUUUCACUUAUUUUUGUUGGUUUUCAAUUUUAUCACAUAAAAAUCGAGCUUUCGCAUGGGAUUGACGCUUUACAGCCUUUACUCAAUAUCAAUUUUGUCGUUUAUUCGAUUGGAAAACACCAAUGGCAUAAGAUAGCUAUUAAUAAUAAUUGAGAGUUGAAGAUCACGGCAUCGUUUGUUGAAAAUCACUGAAGCUUGCCGGCAGGGAACUCGAACUGAAGUAGUGGAACCUCAAUUGUUGCAAAAAUUGCUUAUAUCAUGAGAUCGUUGAAAACAUUUUGCCAAUGAACUGGAAGAACUGACAGCUUACCUAACUUCCUAUAUUAAGUAGAAUAUGAAUAAGAAUUUCCCCUCCAUCUCUUUCUGUAUACAUAUCUACGUUGUUUAAGUCUCACAAAUAAGCAACAAUUGCAAACUUAUCUUAGCAUUAACGUACUAUACCACCUCAGAUCGCCAUGAUCAAGCAUCGAUGAUCAUCAAAUGUAUCUUCAACUAGCAAGCUUACAGUAGAAUCGUCCAUGUAGUGAUUCAUUAAAUUUUUGUUACAAGUUGUAAACAUACAAGAUCGGCUCGGUUUUGUAUAGAGUAGGCAUGGACAACAAUUAUAAGACAAUGGUAUUAUGCAUCAUUAAAAUAAUUUACAUCUUGUUUAUAUCCGUAAAACUAGCAGGUUCUAUAGGUUUUAAAAUUUUUCAACAACAACAUACCACCUGCAAGUACAAUGCAAGUGUAGUUGUAUUCAGAACUGAAACGGUAGUCCAGUGAAGACGUUUAAAGUUUGCCGAUAUGAAUGUGGUCAUUAUGCACCGCUAUAUAUUAUUGAACUCAAUUGACACUCCCUUUGCUGAGACGACUAUUUUUCCUCAGUCGCUUCUAUAGUUACCACCCCAAAAUGCGGAACUAUAAAAAAGAGGAUGCAGUGCCAAGAUACGCCAAUUUCAGUUUGGAGUCGAGAAGAGUGAAGAUUGAAAACAAAGCUGUGAAGAAUUUUCAGAAGACAAGAAUCAAGAGAUUAUUUCGACAAUGAAACUUGGGGCUGUUCUAACCCUUGCUCUAGCGUAUCUUUUCACGCCAGCAGGUAACUUAAAAUUUCAUAUAAUUAAGGUCAUGAUGUUUGUGAUGUUACUCUGAGUGUAUAUCCACACCGGGCAAGCUUGAAAAAUAUGCUUGACCACGGUGGGAAACGAACCUACGACCUUUGGAAUACUAGCCCAAUGCUCUGCCAACUGAGCUACGCGGUCAGGUCGGUUCGAGUAUGUAAUAUUUGAGUCUAUAGUUCCAUCGAUAUCAAUGUAAUCUAGUAAUCAUGAUUUUUUUCUCUGUGUUGGUGUAGUCAAGUGAAUAUGUUUGUGAUGUUACUGAGUAAAAAUCAAAAGCAACAAAGGGUUUAAUAAUGUGACCCUAUCUUUAGAAUAAAAAUUCGCAACAAAUGAAUGCAUUUUAUAUUUUAAACAGAAUCCUCUGUUGGGGAGAGUGAUGUCGUUCGUAUAUUUGACCCAAGUGUAAGAAUGCCACGUGCUCAACUCAAAGCGUUGUUGGCAAAAGCAGAUCUGGUUUCAGCUGGUUUUACGAAAAAUGAAGAAACUCAAAUCGUCACGGGUGAAGAUGGCAAAAAGGUAACGAAGGAAGUCACCUACUACACCGUCCAAGACGCCUGCUCUAAUGUUUCAUACUGGGAAGAAAUAAUUCGCGAUCGUCUUCCAACGUUAUCUGCAAAAUUAACAAGGAAGGUUGUCGAUGAAGUGGAGGAACGCAUCGGUAAUCGUGCAACCGAGUAUUGUCAAUUUGGUCUCGAAAUUCAUUUCGAACUUUGCGGUCACACUGAGAAAAAAGAAAAACCUGCAAAGCGUGGAUUUCUUUGGAGCCGCCGCCGGAGGAGAAACCCACCACCACCACCACGAAUAACAACGAAUAUAUGUAUCGGCACAUGCGCUUGUUGUUCUUAUUGUACGAGGGCUACGAUCAGGUACCGUCAGCACGAAUUCGUGGUGUCUGGGUGAACUAAUUGUAACACUAUGAGUAGCGAUAAUGAUUAUCUGGACUUUCUUGUUUACUGUUGUUAAGUUGUUUGAUAUUUUGUUUUGUAUUUUUGAUAUUUAAAUACACCAGCAUUGAUAAUUUCA